AUGCGGAGAGCAGAUAAAAAUCAGGUAAUACCAGUAUUGAUUCCAACAUUAAAGAAGUUUAUUAACGAAAAAAAAGCUGAACGUAAAAGAAAUCAAAACUUUGGAAAAGUUCAUGCAACAGCAAAAAGUAAGAUCCUGGCAUCUUUAGUUACCGCAUGUGUUGCUAAUCCACGCCUCUUUGGAGAAGAUGGAGCUUUGAAAAAAGCCGCUGAAAGGCUCCACGAACAAAACCAGAAAAUCGCCGCUGACACUUCCAAGGCCUUGCAAAACGCUCGCGAGAAUAUCAAAAACACCAACGAAAGAAUCGCCAGCCAAACAGCCGAAGCGUUAGAGAAAGCUAAAGAGGAUUUAAAAAACACCGGAGACACCAUUUCCCGUAAGACAAAUGAAGCUGUAGCCAACGCGAGAGAGAGUCUUCAGAAUGCUGGUGAGAAUAUUCAUAACGCCGGUGAGAAGCUUGCUGACGACACUUCCAAUGCACUUCAAAAAGCUAAGCAAGAUAUUCAUGAAACUGGAGAAAGGAUUAAGGAUAAAGGUAUUAUUAAAGAUUAA